GCCGUUUCUCCACUCUAUAGACGUCUGUUCAACUCUAUACUCCUCUUCCAUCUUUCCGGCCGGUGAUGCUGAUUGUUUUCGUGGGUUUCGACCACCAUUGACAAUGAGCGGUCGGUCGGCCAAAGGGGAUGUGACCCCCACAUUGCGGAUAACGAGGGCUUACCUCUUCCCGCUUUUAUGAUACGGCUUUCUGCUUUUGUCCACGACUUCCGCUAACCAAUUACAGCAACACGUGUGGGAACCUUAGAGCAAUAGCACACAUCAAAAGAGGGUUUUAUGCUCAAAGAUAAUUGUCUUACAAAUGCCCACUUAUCAAGACUUAAGAAGGCGUGGAUCGGCUGCCCACGGUCGAGCGAGCAAUCUUGGCCAAUACGCUGCUGAAACCCACGGCGGAGCCUGCGGCUCUUGGAAAUUCCCAUAGCUUUCUAUGCUUGGUCAUCCCAAUAAAUCAGCUGCUGAGAAGGUUCGAAGAGGGGUUGGAGCGAAGAAAGUACGUUGUGUCAGUGCAUAUUAUAUCUUGCAUAUAAAGAAGAAACGCUCAGGAUUUACCAUUUCCUUUCAUCCUUUGUCUUCUAUAUCACUACCACCACCAAAUCUCCCAACCAACUCUCCGCAAACCUUACAAUCUUUUGUCUACUUUGACUUGACGGAUUCUACACUCAAGACCUUCAAACCUACCUUACAAACAAACAAAUCCAACUCCCCCAACUCGAACGAAAUGGCAUCCUUCGCUUCAAACAUCCGCAAGAGCCAGCCCAUGGUUUUCCUCUCUCUCGCACCUACCACGUCUGAGACACAAGCUGCGUCUCCGGCUCAACAGUCGGUCGAGCGACCUACAGCACGCCGUAGUUCCAGUCUGAGCAGCACCAGCUCUGUUCAAUACCGCUUCCUCAAGCUCGGUCCCGUCCAGAACGGCGCUCACCCCGACGAGAGCCAGGAGGACUUCCACGAGGUCGCCAUCGUGGAGUAAACUGCAUCGAGGGAUAUCAAUACAGAAUCACUAAGACUUCUACGUCUACGUGCUACGACAUGACGAGUUGAUUUGAUUUUUACACCUUGCUUGAUACAAUGGACUACUACAGCGAUCGCGAUGAUUUUUGAGGGCAUUAUUAUUUCUUACCCCCCGGGAGCCAAGGAGGGGUGUUGCACAAGUGCGAACGGGCUAGAGGCUAAAGGACUGGAGUAAGCGGACAGCGUCACAGGUUGAUCUUAUGGAAAUUUGGCGAAUUUUUGGGACUUUCAUCUUACGCAAGAAAUUAGACAAAAUUGAAGCACGUCAAAUGGGCGCCUAUCUCUCUCUCA